GGGGCUCCCGAGCAGGGCUAAGGGACUGCGCAUGUGUGGGCAAGCGCAGCAGCUCAUCUUCCGCGCUACCUGGCGCAGGCUGCGCGGCCACCUGUUGCGCGCCGCGCCUCGCUCCGAAGUGACUCCGGCGUCGCUCCGGCCACGUUUUCCGCCAUCCCCUCCCCUUUCGCGGUGGAUACGGUCGCCAGACCCGGUCCCCCGUGUCCCCCCCUAGAUGUCGCCGCGCUGCGCUUUUUUUUUUUUUUUUUUUGCGUGGGGGCUGCGCUGCCCCGCUGCCGCCUACCCCCCGCGCAACAAAGGCGCUGCUGCCCCCGGACCCUCAGCUGCUGGGGGCUCGGGAGGACGACAGGAGCGACAAGGACAAACCCGUCCGGAGCCUCGCGCUUUGGUCCGCCGCUGCCCCCAGCCCCCGCCGGGGCGGCCGCAAGGUGUGCGGGCAGCGCCCCGCUUCCGACGGCUUCGGGGGAAGCUGGAGACUCCGGCGUUCCCCCACAAAGUGUGUUGACAAGCCACUGCUGGAAAGGGCUGGGAAAAUUACAUCUCGUCUCUGGUGGGGUGAAAUAUGAAACAUGUAAUCUAACGGUUCCUGAAGAGGAGGAGGGGGGGAGGUAGAGGGACUUCUCUCCCUCUCCCUCUGUUUCCCUGCUCCGGGUUCCUGGUUGGAUAAUUUGGGUUAAUACUAGUGAGUGAGCCUUUUGCUGCUUCAAAGGGUAUUUCAAGUUGCCGGAGCUCCUCCCCUCCGCACCGUGUGACAACAACAACUCGUCCAGAGAGCGAGCGAGCGGCGAGCGGCGGCGGCAGCCUGCACUUCCCAGCUCAUUUUCUCUCUGUCAUUCCCCUCUCAAUCUUUGAUCAAUGUACUUGCCAGAGAGAACCGAAGUCCUUCAAACCUCCUCCUUUUCACCUUCGUCUUUAACGUGGUGCUAGAGCAAGGACCACAAAAAGAAACUGCCCUCCCCCCUCCCCUCGGCCCCAGCCCCGCCGCCCGGAGCGGACUUCUCCUCCUCCUCCUCCUCCUCCGUCCCCACUUGCGGGACACUUUGUGCGUUUCUCUCUCUCACUCUGCCCCCUGCUCUCUCGCUCGCCGCAGCACCUGAUCCGGGGUUAUUCCCCCUUUCUUCUCCCCCCUCCUCCCUUCUCCUCUCCUUUCCUUUUUUUUUUUUUUUUAAAUUUUUUAUUUUUUUAUUUUUUUUUUUUAAUUUUCCCCUUUCCCCUGCGUGUGUGUGUGGGAACUUUCCCCCCUCCCCCUGCCCCCCUCCGCCGUAUAUGUGACCAUGGCCGUACCGGCUGCUUUGAUCCCUCCGACCCAGCUGGUCCCCCCUCAGCCUCCGGUCUCAACUUCUGCCGCCUGCACCACCACCACCACCACCUCCUCCUCCUCGGCGGCGGCGGCGGCCACCUCCUCUCCGUCUCCGUCCAUCGCUCCCCCGCCGGCCGCUUCGGGGACAAACCUAUUCCGGCCGGAGCCCAUCGCAGCGGCGGCGGCGGCGGCGGCCACAGUCACCUCCACCACCACCACCACCGGCGGCGGUAACGGCGGCGGCGGCGGCAGCCCCAGCCUGGGCACCGGCACCGGCAGCACCGGCAGCAGCAGCGGCAGCAGCAGCAGCAGCAGCGGCAGCAGCAGCACCUCCGCUCCCAAUGCCAGCGCGGCCAGCGCGGCCAGCAGCCUGCCCGGCAAGCCCGUGUACUCGACCCCGUCCCCGGUGGAGAACACCCCCCAGAAUAACGAGUGCAAGAUGGUGGAUCUGAGGGGGGCCAAAGUGGCCUCCUUCACCGUGGAGGGCUGCGAGCUCAUCUGCCUGCCCCAGGCUUUCGACCUCUUCCUGAAGCACUUGGUGGGGGGCUUGCACACGGUCUACACCAAGCUGAAGCGCCUGGAGAUCACGCCCGUGGUCUGCAACGUGGAGCAGGUCCGCAUCCUGCGGGGGCUGGGGGCCAUCCAGCCCGGGGUCAACCGCUGCAAACUCAUCUCCAGGAAGGAUUUCGAGACCCUCUACAACGACUGCACCAACGCCAGUUCUAGACCGGGAAGGCCUCCUAAGAGGACUCAAAGUGUCACCUCCCCAGAGAAUUCACAUAUCAUGCCACAUUCUGUCCCAGGCCUAAUGUCUCCUGGAAUCAUCCCGCCAACAGGCCUGACAGCAGCAGCUGCAGCAGCAGCAGCUGCCACCAAUGCUGCCAUAGCAGAAGCAAUGAAAGUGAAAAAAAUUAAAUUGGAAGCUAUGUCCAACUAUCAUGCAAAUAACAACCAGCAUGGAGCAGACUCUGAAAAUGGAGAUCUGAAUUCAAGUGUUGGCAGCAGUGAUGGUUCUUGGGAUAAAGAAAAACUUCAGUCUCCCCCCACCCAGGGAUCACAGUCCUCUGUUAACCACCCCAACUUGCCUGGACAGCAUAAUGUUCCAGUUAGCCAUCCUCUCAACCCUCUUCAACAGAAUCACCUUCUGCCAAAUGGACUGGAACUUCCUUUUAUGAUGAUGCCCCACCCAUUAAUUCCUGUGAGCCUACCUCCAGCAUCUGUCACAAUGGCUAUGAGCCAGAUGAAUCACCUUAGUACCAUUGCCAACAUGGCAGCAGCAGCACAAGUGCAGAGUCCUCCAUCCAGAGUUGAGACAUCUGUUAUUAAGGAACGUGUUCCAGACAGUCCUUCUCCUGCUCCUUCUCUUGAAGAGGGUCGAAGACCUGGCAGCCACCCAUCCUCUCAUCGAAGCAGCAGUGUGUCCAGCUCUCCUGCACGGACUGAGAGCUCUUCAGACAGAAUCCCAGCUGUCCAUCAGAAUGGCCUAUCUAUGAACCAAAUGCUGAUGGGUUUGUCACCAAAUGUCCUUCCUGGACCUAAGGAGGGUGAUCUGGCUGGUCAUGAUGUGGGACAUGAGUCAAAAAGAAUACACAUUGAGAAAGAUGAGACCCCGCUCUCCACACCAACCGCAAGAGACAGCCUUGACAAACUUUCUCUAACUGGGCAUGGGCAACCACUACCUCCAGGUUUUCCAUCUCCAUUUCUAUUCCCAGAUGGAUUGUCAUCCAUAGAGACCCUUCUGACUAACAUCCAGGGUCUACUAAAGGUUGCUAUAGACAAUGCUAGAGCUCAAGAGAAACAGGUCCAACUGGAAAAGACAGAGCUGAAGAUGGAGCUCUUCAGGGAACGAGAAAUGAGGGAAACACUUGAAAAACAGUUGGCUGUGGAGCAGAAGAACAGAGCAAUAAUUCAGAAAAGGUUAAAGAAGGAAAAGAAGGCAAAGAGGAAAUUGCAGGAAGCACUUGAAUUUGAGACUAAACGACGGGAGCAAGCAGAACAGACACUGAAACAGGCAGCUUCAACAGAUAGUCUCAGGGUCCUAAAUGACUCUCUGACCCCAGAGAUAGAAGCUGACCGCAGCGGGGGCAGAACAGAUGCUGAAAGGACAAUACAAGGUUCACUAGAUGCCUAUGCCUAGCUCCCAAUCCGGUUUCCCAAGACCCCCUCAUCCCACACAAAAAGAUGGAAGACUUUAUUUGAAAACUACUGUCAUGUAUUGAAUUUUUCCUGCUGAAGAUGCCUGUGCUAUGGUAGAGAACUUUGCAGUAAGACAUUCACCCAUAAGGAGUUCUGUGGAAAAGAAGUGUUUUCAAGGCAACUUCCUCAACUUUAUUCAUCAAUGUUCUUCAAUAAUGUAAGGAAUUCUUCAAGAGCGUCCUCCUUUGGUUAUCUCCCGUGGCUCAAGCUGGAGAUCUAGAGAAUGUUUGUAAAUGUACAGUAGCAUUCUUCUUACAGUAAAAAUCUGCAUCUGUGCACUGGACUAUUGUACUAAAAUUACAGGCAGGUCAGAACAAGGCUGAGUAUUCCCUCUUCCAAGGAAUGCAAACUCUGUCCUCAUCUGAUGAUUCUAUAUUUGAGCACAUCAAAUGAUCCUUCCAGCAGUGUCCAAGUACACUUACGGACUGUUAUAUCAUACCGAAACCAGCAUGACAGCUCAGAAAUGAACUUGGAGAGGGCAUAAGAGGAUUCUUAUUAAAAAAAAGAAAAAAGGAAAAAAAAAAAAAGAAAAAAUGAAAAAAAAAAAGAAAAAGAAAAAGAAAGAAAUGAUACCUUCAGUUUUCAAACUAUGAUCAUGGGUUUUCUUCUAAAGACAUUUUUCCACAUGCUUUCCAAGAGACCAACACAUGUAUGUUAGACUACAUUAAGUAAAAUGGAAUUUUGUGUAAGUGAAAAGAAGUGCUGAAUGUAAAGAAACUGUUUUACUGUUCACAAAGUCUCUUUUCCUAAAAUAAUAAUAAUAAAAAAUACAAUAAAAAGAGUAAUAAUUUCUCAUUGUAAACUGGCAGGGGUUUAUGAAAUAAAAGACUUUGCUUCUUAUUAAACUGUUGGUCACAUGUACAGUAUAUAACACGAAUCACACAAGGAAGGUAUUAUGUAUGCAGUAGAAAACUAGCGUUUAGGAAAUGAAAAUUUUAGAUAAUAUUGUUUUGUCACCCUGUUGGUCAGAAAGACAACUUUCUAGUUUUAACGCAUGCAGGCAUGUAAAUAUUUGUCCUGGAGUCACAGUAUUACUGAAUGAGAUCUUAAGCAUCUGGUAACAAGUCAGAAUUCUGUAUCAGCCACUUUUAUUUGUAUAUUGAGCCCUGGUUAGUGCCCUGAUUAGUGCACUGUUAAGAAUGGACUGUGGCUGAGCAGCAAGUCAAAAUGCCAGAAAUAUUUUUAUAUGUUAAUGUCAUAUUACGUAAAUGUUGCUAAAAAAAAAAAGAGAACCUAGCAAACACUUGAUGUAUCAGUCCAAUUCCACGUAGAACUGAGUGAUACAGUUGAAGUCUAUUGUCCCUCCCACCUUGAUGGGUGGUUAUGUGUUAUUUUCACUGUCUUUAUGAAAGCUACAAUAUGUGUUUUCACCUUUGUGCUGAUAACUGGAAGUAAGCUGCAACACAAUGCUUAUUACAUUACUAAAAAUUAUGUUAUUUGCUUUGCAUACCUUUGGGUUACCCCUUUAAAGACUGAUUUUGUGAAUCAGUGCUAUUCCUGUAAG